GUCCAACCCAGCACUCAGCGUUAGCCCAGCAGAACCUGUGCUAUGUGUCCCCCACUCACUUCUCUGCUCUGCCUUGUGCUGUGUCUGAGCCAGAGGACCGGGACCCAGAAGGAGACUCUCUCCAGACCCAUUAUCUGGGCCAGACCCAGUUUCAUGGUUCCAGAGGGAAAGCAAGUGGCCAUCUGGUGCCAGGGAAUGCAUGCAGCUGAUGAGUACCAACUGCAUUUUGAAGGGAGCCUUUCUGCCUCUAAAAGACCGAAACCACCUGGACUGGGGAACAAAGUCAAAUUCCUCAUCCCUGCCAUGACCUCACUCACUGCAGGGCAAUACCACUGCUUCUAUCGGAGUGGGGAGCUGUGGUCGGAGUCCAGUAACCUCCUAAACCUGGUGGUAACAGGAAUGUUCGAUACACCCACCCUCUCGGUUCAUCCCGGACCUGCAGCGAUCUCAGGAGAGCAUGUGACCUUCUAUUGCCAUCUAGAGACUGGAACAAGCAUGUUCUUCCUGCUCAAGGAGGGAAGAUCCAGCCACAUACAACACAGAUAUGGGAAACUCCAGGCAAAGUUCCCCGUGGGUCCUGUGACCACAGCCCACAGAGGGACGUACAGGUGUUUUGGCUCUUAUAACAACCAUGUGUGGUCUUUUCCCAGUGAACCACUGGAGCUCCUCGUCACAGGAGAUGUUGAGAACACCAGCUUUGUACCCAUAGACCCCACCUCUUCUGCAGACUCUGGGGACCCCGACCUUUCAACCACAGAGACAGGAUUCCAUAAAGGCCUUGCCCUUUGGGACUACACUGCCCAGAAUCUCCUUCGGAUUGGCCUGGGCUUCCUGGUCCUUGUGGCUCUAGUGUGUCUCCUGGCUGAAGACUGGCUCAGCAGGAAGAGGACUCAAAAGAAAGCCGACAGAGCUUCACGUUGGGAACGCAGGAGAAGGUGGAGGAACACAACCUGGAGGAAUGACCAGGAGACUCAGAGGGCAUAGGUGGAGCUGAGAACUGAUCCUUGACCUUGGGCCAUGUGAACUCUACGUUGGCCCCAGGAGGAGGGAGUCAUUGCAGGAAAUGAGGGACAACUUCGUAGAGUUCCGCAAAGCAUCCCAGGAGCAGCAGGAGGUGGGCUAGAGAUGCCAAAUUUCUUCUGUAGACAAAUCCCAUUGCCUUAUUUCUAGGUUCUAAAUAUUUUUGUGCCCAGUUACUGGAAACAAUACUUUUAACCACUUUUCUGAAAAUAUAGCUAUCCUGUUCCUUUUUUUUUUUUUAAACAGCAUGACCAUGGGAGUAUUUCCUUCCUGCUUUGGUCUUUAUUUUUUCUUUCCUUUCUCUGCCACAUGUCAUUCAAAAUAAUUUAAAAAAUAUAGAAUAGGGAUGCAUCAAGUGGUUCAGGAGGAAUUGUGGCAACAAUUAGACAAUGGAGAAGCAGGCUGUGAACAAGGAGUCAGGCUACACAAGUGCGUCCUGGCUCGAUCGUAGCCACGCUCCAUCUCCCUCCAUCCCUCGGCACCACUGAAUUCAGUUUUGUCUAUUUUUUAUAUUUUUUGUUAAAUCAUAACUGUGUAUAUUAAUGCAUUUAUGGGAUACAAUGUGCUGAUUUCAUAUACAAUUUGGAAUGCUUACAUCAAACUGGUUAACAUAGCCUUCACCUCACUUAUUUGUUCUAUGAAGACAUUUACUCUUAAUAGUUUUGACAUGUACCCUUGCAUUCUACACAUUACAUGAGGUCUGACCAAAUACCCUCCCUCAGUUUUCUUUCUAUCUUUUUCUUUUUGGGGGGACAGAGUUUUACUCUGUCACCUGGGUAGAGUGCUAUGGCAUUAUCACAGCUCACAGAAACCUCAAACUCUUGGGGUCAAGUGAUCCUCUUGCCUCAACCUCCUGAGUAGCUGGGACUACAGGUGCCCACCACAACACCCGGCUAUUUUUCCUAUUUAUAGUAGAGACAGCGUUUUGCUCUUGCUCAGGCUGGUCUCUGAACUCCUAACCUCAGGCAAUCCAUCAGCCUCAGCCUCCCAGAGAACUAGGAUUACAAGCAGGGGCCACCAUACCUGGCUCCCAGUUUUCUUCCUUAUCCAUACCUUGUCUUGUUCUUUGGGUCUCUGAAUAGGUACCUUCUCCCAGAAAUUUUCCUAAAUCUUCUGACUUUACUUUUAGGCUCCCAGUGCAGCUGAUAUUUCUCUGUGACAGCACCUACACCCUGAUACCAUUUCCACACCCAUUUUCCUGUCUCUGAUCUGCAUUUAAGUAAAUUAAAUCAACAUGUUUAGUGACUAUGUUCACAGUUCGCACUACUAAAGGAAUUCUUGGGAAAUACAUGUUGAAUAAGUUAACACAGAAGGGGCUGCUGCACAGCAGGGAAUUUGAGACUUCUGUCCUUUCCCCUUGAGCUUUUCUACUUGUCACCCACCAAAACACUCAUCAUAUGGGUCCCCACCUCCUCCCAUAAUGCUGCAUCUCGUGUAAGUCAAAUUCCUCCUCUGAGUUUUCUGUUAAGUAUCAGAGAAUAAUUUCAGCUUCCAAAACAUAACAUGAUUUAAUGAGGUAAAAGGAGCAGGAAACUAGCACCUGCUCCUCAGAGGCUAAUCACUGUGUGGCCUUUGCUGUUAUUUCCAGUAAUAAAGGGAAUUGAAAGUUGUAUCAUCAGUCUGGGCUAUGCAAGCUACAUCCAUAAACGCACAU